UUUGUGGGAAGCCUGACACUCUGUUCAGUUAUGGAGGGUGUGGCCUGGACCUCUGUCAUCCUAAGCAGGGUUCGUCAGGAACUUUGAUUUGGGACACACCCUUGUUAGAACACAUAUCUAUUCUUUCUACUGGUCUAAGCUUAGGUGACCCCUUCUCUCCAGUUAGCUCCCCUUACUUCCUCUAGGAAAACCCUCUCCACAUUGCAUUCUUCUAUUUGUUGGGCUUCGGAGUCCCCAUGCUUUGGAAUGCUGAGGACAGGGCAGGAGGAUGUUGUGCAGAGAGAGAUGGCAUUGAUUUCAUCCCAUCCCUAAAGAAGUCCUGGGCUCUGGACUCUUCUGUCUUGGCUCUCUUUGGCCCCCUCCUCAUGCAUAUCCUGAGCCCCUAAGGCAUCAUUUAGCUAUAUCUGGAUGUCUGGCAUGGAGUCUCCAUCACACACCAGGCCUCAUAGUCUCCCCCACGUGUGUUCCUUGUCCAUCUUGUCUCAGCACAUUGCUCAACUAUGAAAUUUGGAACCAUGGCUACCAUAUGCCCUCACUCUCUUAUCUCCCCCUCCUGCCCUGUGUACUACUUCCUUAAGUGCUGUGCCCUGCUCAGUGUUCAGGAUAUUCCACUCACUGAGUUUCUGGCUUCACUGUCUCUCAAUACUGACAGCCAAGUCUCACCUGCCCACUUUCCUCUUUCCACCACCUUCAACAGAGGGCCUUCCAGGCAGUGGGCACUAUCCCCAUUGAUUGCCUUUAGCCUUCUCAGAGAAUCAGACCAAUUCUGAUAAGGUUAAUGGUCCUUCAGACUCUGGCCAGGUUUUUGGCUUCUAUAUCUGCCCCCAGGCUGGUUCAUGGACCACUGCUGGGCAGGCUGUAGGCCAUGCCUGGCUGCUUUCCUGGUUUGUAACAGGGUGAUUCUCUAGCAGGGUGACCCAAAGUUUCUCUUAGCUUAUGUCCUUAUAGCUUUUACAGGCAUGCUCACACCCCUUCUCCUACCCUGAGAAAGUCAAAUGGAGAUCAUAGACUCAAUCAAAGCAGAGCUGGCUAGGUGGUGUCUGUGACCCAUAGCCGACUCACGUGUAUCCCGUAGCUAUGGCUCAGCUUUGCACCUGUAGCAGACACCAUCGCACAGCACUUCUUCCUGUCCAUGGAGCAGGUCAACUGGCUGUCACUAGUCUACCUUGUGGUAUCCAUCCCAUUUGGCAUGGCGGCCAUCUGGGUUCUGGACUCUGUUGGGCUCCGUGGAGCGAGCACCAGCGAGCCACAGCUAACAUGAUCGGCACUAUGUCAAAUCCUCUGGGCAUCCUUAUGGCAAAUGUACUGUCUCCUGCCCUGGUCAAGAAGGCAGAGGACAUCCCCAUGAUGCUUGGCAUCUACAUUGUCCCUGCUGCCCUGGCCUGUCUCCUGGCCACUGCCUGCCUCUGGGAGAGUGUGCCCCCUACCCCGCCAUCUGCCGGGGCUGCCAGCUCUACUUCAGAGAGUUUCUUCCAUGGCCUCAGACUGCUCAUACAGAAUAAGGCCUAUGUCAUCCUGGCUGUAUGCUUUGGUGGUGGCAUAGGUAUCUUCUCCAGCUUCUCAGCCCUCCUGGAACAGAUCCUUUGUGCCAGUAGCUACUCCAAUGAGUUCUCAGGCCUCUGUGGGGCUCUCUUCAUCGUGUUUGGGAUUUUGGGGGCACUGCUUCUAGGCCUGUAUGUUGAUCGGACCAAGCACUUCACUGAGGCCACCAAGAUAGGCCUCUGUCUGACUUCAAUGACCUUCGUGGCCUUUGCUCUGGUGUCCCGGCUGCAGGGUCAGACCUUUGCGCUGGCCGCCAUCUGCUCCCUCCUUGGGCUCUUUGGCUUCUCAGUAGCACCUGUGGUCAUGGAGCUGGCAGUUGAAUGCUCGUUUCCUGUGGGUGAAGGUGCCUCUGCUGGCUUGAUUUUUGUCCUGGGGCAGGCCGAGGGUGUGCUCAUCAUGCUGCUACUGACAGCCCUGACUGUGAGGCGAACAGGUCCAUCCUUUUCUACCUGUCAGCAGGGUGAGGAGCCUCUAGACUGGACAGAGUCUCUGCUGCUUCUGGCUGGCCUGUGUACUCUGUUCACCUGUGUCUUGGUGCUCUUCUUCGACACUCCAUAUCGGCGCCUGGAGGCUGAGUCUGGAGGACCCCCUUCAUCCAGGAUGUGUGCCAGAGAGCCAACGAUAAUAAGCCCCACCCAAGUGCCACCCCUUGAGACUCGGGGCUUAACACCUCCAGCUGGGGCCUUGCAGGAAGCUCCUGACCCUGCUUCUCUCCUCAAAGGACACUCAGAACGGGCAGAGACAUCUAAUAAAGCAGAGGCUUGCUAGGGUCUCGUUGUGCCAGCCAUGCUAAGAGCUCAGAUAGGGACACAGGGUCCUUAGCAUACCUAGAGCAUGAUGGGAUGGCCUUUUGGUCCUCAGGUAGACAAUGCUUGAUUAAAAAUAACUGCCGUUGUAUGGGUACUGGUCAGUUAGGGUGGACUCUGGUGGCGGCGGCUGCAGAGAGGGCCUGUUCAUGGGGGGAGGGAGUGAGUGGGCGAUUACUGGUAGGCGACUGAGGGAGUUCUGAGGGCUAUGGCAUGGCCAGUCUGAGGUAGACAGGUGUAGGAAGACUUUGUCUCAACUGUAUGACCAGACAGCCUGAUUCUAAGAUAGCACAGAGGGCAGAGAGCUGGUCUGAGCAGAGCGGGAGCAGAAGGAUCUCUGGUGGACACCUUCCCUCCAAUGAACACUCACAGGCAAGCUUGUGUGUCUAACUUUAUUGAACUUGCUGCAGUUUGC